CCCAAAUAACCGCAACUACAGCUCCAACUACAACAACUACAGCUCCAACCACAACGCCUCCAGCUCCAACUACAACACCCCCAACUACAACACCUCCAGCCCCCACCACAUUAACUACAGGUUUAACCACAUCCCCAGGCCCGACAGCAGUAGCAUAUCUUCAAAUGAAGAUCUCCUUGUCUGGUGAGGUCAGCAAUUCCACCAUCGUUGAGCUUGUCAGUCAGUUCAUUAAAAACCAGCUCCUGAAUGGCACCGCCCACACAGUGAACGUGAAAACCAUUCAAAGGGUCAGAGUUGCCCCAUAGAAGCUCAUCAUUUAAAUGGGCAAUUCAUCAUAAUGAUUUCAUUAUAUCUGGAGAAACAUAUUUGAGUUUUGUGACAGAUAGCUAAACACACGAAAUGCCAUUGUGCUCCACUGUGCUGCAAAGAUCUACAGCGUCUAUUUCCAACCCACCAGAAGAAGCUGGAUUGUGCUCAAGGUGUAAGAGAAGGUGUUUUGGGGGAAAUGCAGAAGCUUGGAAGUCCCCUCAUGGACCUCUUAUUUUGUGAAGUAGCGUGUAAAUUAUUUGCAGCACAGCACAGUUGAUUUUAUUUCCCAGGAUUGUAAAUAAUAGAGAAGUGCAUCUGACUCAAGUGUCAAGUUAUUUGCACAGUAAGCUGGGAAUCUCAAACCAAGAAAUCUGAUCCGUUGAGGUGUUUUUUUUAUAACAAUGUGUCGGUAAUUCCCAUGCUUUGUUACUGGAGCAGUAGCUAUGCUGCCCUUCAAUGUAACCAGGAAACUCCUGAACAGUUUCUCGCUCACUCCUCCCUUUCAAUUCUCAUAAAUGUGAAAAUGAUUCACCACAAACAAAAAUAACCUUGGUGAGCGCCUGGCGAGUUAUUUAGGAACGUUGUCAGUAUUACUGGCAACAUGCACUGUCACGUCCAAUGAAUGUAAACUUCUUUUGUCUUGCCAUUAAAAGAAUUAUUUACAACUCGUCUUUCCAGUUCACCAGAGGAACAGCAUGCGAAAGCACUGCUUGAUAGUCAAGUGGUGCUUUCACAUACUUUUUGAAGGUGAUUAAGUUUCUGUGAGCAGAUAAUUCUUUCUGCUCCAUGGGCUCGAUUAUGUUGUGUUUGUGUGAUUAAACCAUUGGUGACGUUGAACUUUAAUCUGUAUUUAUGAAUUGGACACAUGGCUCCAGCCCCCCCCCAACCCUCAAAGGAUAAGCGAUAUAAUGAAUGUGUAAAUAUAGACAAUUAUUUAGCAUAGAGACACUUUAUUUCUCGAGCAGUUACACUGUUUUUAUGUUGCACCAUUUCCUUUUGAAAAAGAUUAAUAAAGAGACAUUUGCUUUAAAAGUAAAUUCAUUGUAUUCUUUAAUUUAAUAAAGCAUUUUUUAAAAGAAACUUUGUGCAGCAUUCGUUUUUUUUAAAGCACACAGAAGUAUAUACAAUCUGUCGAGAUCGCCGAUUAAACAUGUUUUGAAAAAAUAUAACAGAGUGUAAAUGUUGCUUGUAUAACGAUUGGAUUAGGUAUUCUGUUAAGAGGCCUGAAAUAUCUGUAUGAAAAUAUGUACAAACUGGAGGUACAUGAAUUUAGGAUAGUUUCUUUGAAUAACUAUUAAAAGUUUAAAAGAAAACGUAGCUGACGAACUUGUCCUGUGGAAUUCAUUUACGACGACUGCAGUUGUGCGUGCAUCGUACAAUAUGGCACAAUGCAUUCUACCUCAUCUGUCAUCUACUUCCUUAAUGGUCACAAUUGUAGUCUCCUGUACAAAACAACAGACGUUUCCAUGUUGAUGUUUCCAUGAUGCAAAAGAAAUGACACAGCUGCUCUUAUACAAUCGACUCUGAAUGAAUGAGGCUUAAAAAAAAAAAAA